AUGAUGAAUGAACCAGCUCAAGUGUCCCAAAGGGAAACAACAAUUGAAGAGCUGAAACAACAGCGUGGCUCAUCAAAGGGUAGUAUGACUCGGAUCAAGAAUAUAAUUGAAUCCAAUCCUUCUCUGUCUCAUACAGAAUUGGAAUGCAGGUUAGGAAUUAUAGAGUCAUACUAUAAACAAGCUUCCUACUACCAAAAUCAAAUUGAACGAUUGUCCCCUCAAGACACUGGUAGAGCUGAAAUAGACGAGCUUUAUGUCACCAUCAAAUCUCGAAUUCUUACCCUCAUCGGACAAGGCAGACGUCCAAGCAUUGGUGACCAGUCCUUUAUAUUGCCUCAGGCGCCGUCCAAUCGAUUACCAAGCCUUAAAUUACCCAAGUUUGAUGGGAAAUAUUUGGAGUAUAAGAAUUUUAUUAAUACAUUUAAUAAUUUGGUCCACAAUGACCAAAAUAUAUCCACUUCGGAAAAAUUUAAUCAUUUGCUCUCGUGUCUCAGUGGGGAAGCUCUUGCCACAAUAAAGGCAUUCCAAGUAACCGACGAAAAUUAUCCGAGUGCUCUUAGGAGAUUAAAAGAGAGGUACGACAACGACACAUUGAUUUUUCUGGAGAAUGUUACAACAAUGUUCGAUCUUCCAAAAUCAAAUAAACCUGUCCCGAAGCAGUUACGAAAUAUUGUUGAUACGAUUUCUGCUCUUUAUAGUUCAUUAAAGUCCCUUGGCUCAUAUGAAAAAAUUUGUGAUGCAUUCAUAAUUCAUUUGGCUAUGAGCAAGGUUGACUCGGAGACAAAACAACGAUGGGAUGAGUUCAUAGAUUAUUCAAAAUUGCCCUCUUGGGCUGAGUGUUGUUCCAUGUUGGACAAGCGUUGUCAACAAUUGGAUGCUCAGUGCCGAAGAUCAGGAAAACAAUUUACCCCUAAUACAGCAACAAAUUACUCACAUAGUAAUCAAAAACAACAUUCGUUUAUAACAAAAAAUGUGCCUCAAGAUUUCGUUUGCACGCAUUGCUCGAAAUCGGGCCAUAUGAUAACAACUUGCCAACGCUUUAUUGUUUUAACUCCCAAUCAACGGAUUGAUCAAGCUAAACAAAACAAACUUUGUCUCAACUGUUUAGCAAAAGGGCAUGGUUACAUACAAUGUCCCUCAAAAUAUUCAUGCAGAUUUUGUAAACAACGUCAUCAUUCGCUUCUACAUAAGCAAAUCGAACAGGCAUCUUGCUCUCAAGAAGAAGAACCAUCACCUUCAUCUGCUGCCACACAUGGUACUUUCCAAAACAAACCUAGCCCUCAAGUGAGUAAUGUAAUCCUUGCUACAGCAUUAGUAUUGGUUCGUGACUCUGAGGGAAAUUUUCAACUUGGACGAGCUCUACUUGACUCAUGUUCCCAGGUGAAUUUUAUAAGCGAAGGUCUCUGUGGUAUUCUGAACUUAAAGAAAUGUCCAAAUCACACCGAUGUCUCAGGAGUUGGUUCUUCGAAAUUAAAGGUCUCCUACAAAACACAAACUACAAUUCGAUCACGCCUUAAUAACUUUAAUUUAUCAUUGGAGUUUCUUGUCUCACGGAAUAUUACUGGCUAUCACCCCGAUGAAAACAUUUCAAUUAAGGAUUUUAAUUUGCCAUCUAACAUCGAGCUGGCCGAUCCAGAGUUUCAUCGUCGUCGAGGAAUUGAUAUGCUACUUGGUGCCGAAUCUUUCUUCCAACUUUUGUCUAUUGGUCAGAUAAAACUUGGAGAGAACUUGCCCACUUUACAAAAAACUCUUUUCGGUUGGAUUGUCUCGGGGAAGUAUACCAGUAAUAAAAACAAUACACAACAAUCAACUUACUCUAUUGUGAAAAGUGAGAAUAUUUUCCAAGAACUAAAUAAAAAUAUGGAGAUGCUAUGGAAAAUUGAUGCGGUGGAAAAUAAGCGUCAGAAAAUGUCUCUGGAGCAGCAAAAUUGCGAGCAGCAUUUUUUGAAAAAUGUCUCUGUUCAAAAUGAUGGACGUAUUAUGGUGAAGCUGCCCCUAAAGGGUGAUCCAAAUUGUCUUGGCGAUUCCCGUGAUAUUGCCCUUCGACGCUUCUUUUCCAUGGAGAGAAAAUUAAACAAAAAUCCAGACUUGAAAAAUGAAUACUCCAACUUUCUCAGGGAAUAUGAAGAAAUGGGUCAUAUGUCUCAGGUGAAUGAAGCCGAAGUUGGUUUCCCUAACUACUACAUACCACAUCACUGUGUUCUUCGACCAAACAGUGUCUCCACGAAAUUGCGUGUUGUUUUUGACGCAUCAUGUCGUACUUCCUCUCAAUUAUCUCUGAAUGAAAUCAUGAUGGUGGGUCCAACAAUCCAAAACAAUUUAUUAAUCACCCUGCUUCGUUUCAGAUGUCAUCGCUAUGGAUUGACAGCUGAUAUUGUCAAAAUGUAUCGGCAGAUUUUGGUCCACCCUGAGGAUAGGAAACUCCAGUUGAUUCUUUGGAGACAUGACUCUACACAACCGGUAAAAACUUUUGCUCUUAAUACCGUUACAUACGGAACUGCCUCAGCACCAUAUUUGGCCAUCAGAGCAUUGAAUUAUGCUGCAGAACGUUUUCCCGAACCUUACGACGUUGGGAAGUCUGUGGUCACAAAUGAUUUUUAUGUCGAUGAUAUGGUGACUGGUGCUGACGAUCUUGCCUCUUUACAACGCAUCAAGAAGGAGGUAUCGGAAAUUUUAGAUUACUCUAAGUUUUCACUUUCGAAAUGGCAUAGCAAUUGCCCCGAAUUAACUUCAAUGGAAGAUGGAGUCAAAGAAAUGAAACUGGAUGAUGACGUCACUAGCACUUUGGGAAUGACAUGGCACUCAAACGAUGAUACAUUCCACUUUGAGUUUCGGCCAUCAAAAAUAAUGAAAGAGGAGGAAGAGAACAAUAAAGUUGACCGCAAGCCCCAUAACAAUGAGAACAAUGCCUUGUUGCCAUUUGUUCUUUGUAAUGUGACUGUGGCCGUUGCCGUUUGGGCCAAGUAUUGUUAA